AUGGACGAAAGAGUCCCUCCAGGUCCGCCAGCUCCUCCGCCUCUCUCCAUGGAUCGCAUUCCGCCUCCUUCGUCUUCUUAUCCGACGCCCGGGUCGGCCGGUCCCAUGGGAUCCACGGGGGUACAUUCCUCUAGUCAUCUGGCCCCCCUAUCGACAUGCCAUGAAGAUCGGAUCUGGUCAUUACAAGUUGUCCAGCAGCCUGUCCGCGCCCGUAUGUGCGGUUUUGGCGAUAAAGACCGGAGGCCAAUCACUCCCCCGCCUUGUAUCCGCUUGAUUGUGAAGGAUGCGCAGACCGAGAAAGAGAUUGAUAUCAACGAAAUCGACACAUCGUUCUACGUUUUGAUGGUGGAUCUGUGGAACGCGGAGGGCACCAGCGAGGUGAACCUGGUCAAGCACUCCGCCACCUCUCCGUCGAUAUCAACCGCGAUGUCUUCGUCUUACCCGCCCCCGCCGCACGCCGUCUCCCCGUCUUAUCCGCAGUAUUCUCAACCGCCGUACGGCUACCCUCCACAGAUGGGCAACUACUACGGCGGAAACCCUCCGAUGCCGUAUCAGAAUGCGUACUCCAAUCCCCAAGCUUCCUACUACCAUCAAAACUACUACGGCGCCGGCGGGCACAUGCCCCCGGCCAACAUGUCCCCCGCCCAGCCCGUCAGUGCGGGACCCGGAGGGAUGUUCACGCGGAACCUCAUUGGCAGCCUGAGCGCCAGUGCGUUCCGACUCACCGAUCCGGACAACAAGAUCGGUGUCUGGUUCAUCCUGCAAGACCUCAGUGUCCGGACGGAAGGGGUCUUCCGGUUGAAGAUGAGCUUCGUCAACGUGGGCACUCCGUCGAGCGAGUCUCCCAAUGGAGUGUCGGUGAUUAAUCACGGCAAUGCCCCGGUGCUGGCAACGGUGUUCUCCGAGCCCUUCCAAGUGUUCUCCGCCAAGAAAUUCCCUGGCGUGAUCGAAAGCACCACGCUAAGCAAAUGCUUUGCACUCCAGGGGAUCAAGAUCCCCAUUCGCAAGGAUGGAGUCAAGGGGACUCGAGGACGGAACAACGAUGAUGACGAUGGGGACGAUGAUUACUAG